AUGUCAUCUGUAUUGGACGCUGAACGCGCCCCCAAAAAGCGGAAGCUUGAUGGCAAAAACACGAUCAAGGUUGGCAACAAAGUAAUUUCUCUCGAGGGGUAUCUCAACCCCCCAGCAAAGAAAAAAGAAGCAGAAGUUCAACAACGUCCAACGGAAGAGCUGCGGUCUGUUCAGGAGACAGAAAUUGAUGCCACGUCAGACGCAUUAGUCAAAGAUUCAAAGGAUUCGCACCAAACAGCUCCGACCUUCAUCAAGCAUUCGUCGAAGACAUCCCAGGAUCGAGACAGGCCAAAAUUUGACAAAAGAGGCCCAAGAUGGAGAGAAGAUCCUGCCUUGUUGAAGAUCAGGCAAAAGUUACCCAUCUGGGCACACCGAGAAGAGAUACAAGCUCGUGUACGCCAUAAUGAUGUACUCCUUCUUGUCGGUGAAACUGGUUCCGGAAAAAGUACUCAAAUACCUCAGUUCUUGGUCAGGGAGCCGUGGUGUAGGAGACAAAUUGUCAGUAUCGCAGGGGCAAGAGAAGUCAGUGUCGGUGGCAUGAUCGCAGUCACACAACCACGUCGAGUAGCCGCCACGACUUUAGCGCAUCGAGUUUCUCGCGAGGCUGGGACGCCUCUCGGUGAGAGCCGUGACGGACUAGUUGGAUACUCAGUUCGUUUUGAUCACCAGGUCCCCAAGGGCACGAAGAUCAAGUUCCUCACCGAAGGUAUGCUUCUUCAGGAGCUUCUGAGAGAUCCAGAUUUGAAACAAUACAGCGCCGUUAUCGUUGACGAAAUCCACGAGAGAAGUGUUGACGUGGAUCUGGUGUCCGGAUUCCUUAAGCAAAUCCUGCUUGGUAGCAGGAAGGGCCGCGGCGGCAUACCACUGAAGGUUGUUGUCAUGAGUGCCACAGCCGAUGUUGAGCGCAUUCAAAGCUUUUUCUCUGUGCAUGGCCCUGAAGAAAAAAGCGGUAGUGACGACUUGGUCAGCAAGAAGAGCAACUCUGUUGGAGUACUGAAAAUUCAGGGCCGGCAGUACCCGGUCAAGACGAUACAUACUCCCCAACCGGUGCCGGAUAUCCAGGAAUCUUUGUUGAAGACGAUUUUCAAAAUCCACAUGGAAGAGCCGCUUCCUGGCGACAUUCUUGCUUUCCUGACCGGACAAGAGGAAAUCGAAUCCGCGCAGUCGCUCCUCGAGGAGUACGCCGCAACAUUGGCCUCCAACGUUCCCAAGAUCAAGGUUCUACCCUUGUACGGCCAGCUUUCGAUAGAAGGACAACACGCAGCUUUCCAGCCUGUCAAGGGAGGUUUCACGCGGAAAAUUGUGCUAGCCACCAAUAUUGCUGAGACGUCCGUCACCGUACCCGGUGUACGUUACGUGGUGGACGGCGGCAAGGCCAAGGUUAAGCAAUUCCGCGCUCGCCUCGGUAUGGAAUCAUUACUAGCAAAACCUAUCUCCAGGUCUUCCGCCAUCCAGCGAACAGGCCGUGCUGGUCGUGAAGGCCCUGGCAAGUGCUUCAGGCUAUACACUGAAGGCACAUUCAGUACACUCGAGGAAACAGACUUGCCAGAGAUCCUGAGGAUCGAUGUUCUGGGAGCUGUCUUGACGAUGAAAGCACGAGGCAUUGAUGACAUUCUCGGGUUUCCCCUUAUGGACACCCCGGAUGUGGAAGCCAUCGAACGAGCACUAGUCAGCCUUCAUGGACUAGGUGCUUUGGCAGACGACGGCACAAUCACUGAGCCCGGCCGCAAGAUGGCCGGAUUUCCCAUCUCUGCGGCGUUUGGUGCGGUCCUGCUUGCCUCCGCCAAGCCAGAAUUCGACUGCGUCCUAGAGACGAUAGACGUCAUCUCCUGCAUCACGUCUGGCGACGACAUCUUCCAUCAGCUGCAGUCGGAAGAACAACGCGAAGAAAUUGAAGAACUUCGCAAGGAGCUCUACCGCCGGGAAGGCGACAUCCUAACAUAUCUUACUACAAUGCAACAAUACGCCGCCGAGAACGCCGAUCGCAUACAGUGGUGCAAGCAGAGAAAGGUCAACAUUCGCAACAUGAAGACAGCGCUCAACAUCCGCAGGCAACUGCGCAGCCUCUGCCUCAAAGAAGGUCUCCUUACAGAGGCUCCACCACCUGACCCCCAGCCCUUUACUCCUCUGGCUCCGGAACAGGCCGAAGCUUUGCUCAAAUGCUUCCUCCGCGGCUUCGUGUCCAAGACGGCCAUACUGGCGCCGGAUGCGAGCUACGUCACGUCACAAGGCAAGCACGUUGUGGCCAUUCACCCGUCUAGUGUGCUACACGGGCAGAAGAAGGAGGCCAUCAUGUUUCUUGAGCAUGUCUUCACGCAGAAAAACUAUGCUAAGAAAGUAAGCAUCAUCCAGGCCGACUGGAUUGUCGAGGCGUUUGAGGGGCACUGA